AUGAUGAUCAGCAGUGAGUCCAGUGACGAGGAGCUAGAUACGCUUCAUGAAGACGCUGUUGCUGCUAUAAACCCCAUUCAUAGGACAAAAAGGAUUAAGAAAUCAUCAUCCAAAGCUCUGGACGCAUUGACGGAUGAUUCGAGCAGUCCAAAACGUGCUAGAGAUGAUGGUACAGUGAAUGUCGACGCUGAAGUAACACAAAAAUUGAAGCGAGAGGCCCGGAAGAAGCGUAAAGCAGAGGAAAAAGCGUAUCGAGAAGAAGAAAAGAAGAGCCAACAAGAGGAACAAUUGAUCCAUGAACGUGCAAGGAAAGGACGAGGUUUUACGUUAAGUAUUGCAAUUCCUGGCUCCAUUCUAGACAAUGCACAGACAAAAGAGCUCAAGACGUAUUUAGCUGGACAAGUCGCUCGUGCUGCUGUGAUCUUUCAAGUGGAUGAAAUUGUUGUAUUUGAUGAUCAAUUGGGAAAACAAACAAGUAGGGAAGGACCCAAGAAACGUGCACAUGAUUGCCAUGUCUUUAUGGCACGUAUUUUGCAGUAUUUAGAGACACCACAGUACUUGAGACGUGCAUUGUUUCCCAUGCACUCGGAUUUAAGCUGUGCAGGGCUAUUGAAUCCAUUGGAUUGUCCACAUCAUUUACGUGCGCAAGAAUGGAGCGUCUAUCGUGAAGGUGUAGUCACGGAUCGACCACUGAAGGAAAAGGAAGGCUCCCAUAUCUAUGUCGGAUUGCAGCGUGAAGUUGUAGUGGAUAAACGUAUAACACCUGGAAUUCGAGUUACAGUAAAGAUUGAUGAGGCUUCAAAAGACUUUAAGAAGAAGAUGGUGGGCAAGCUAGUGUCAUCUGCUGAACCACGAGAGCAGCUUGGUGUAUACUGGGGCUACACAACUCGAUUUGCGUCUUCGUUGAGCAAUGUCUGGACCACUUGUCCCUUUCCCGGAGGCUACGACCUCAAGGUAGGCACGUCUGAGCGUGGCAAUGUGUCAGUCGACGACGCAGGCUUCUCGCUGCCGAGAUUCCGACACGCACUCAUCGUUUUUGGUGGUGUGGCUGGUAUUGAGGAGUGUGUGGACGCUGACGAGACGAUUCCUGUAAGCGGCGAAGACUCGCACACGCUCUUUGACAUGUGGGUUAACACGUGUCCUGAGCAAGGCAGUCGCACUAUUCGUUCAGAGGAGGCGCUGCUAGUCUCCCUCGCUGCUCUUCGGCCGCACGUUACCCGUGGUGGACGAGCGCAGUAA